AUGGAUUUAUAUGUUGCUUUUUGGAAUGAUUUUCCAUCUGGUAGAAUGAAUAAAAAAGGAUUUAUAAAAUAUUAUGAAGAAAUUAAAGAUGAAAAAGAUCGAGCAAAUAUUUUAUGCGACCAUGUAUUUGCUGUGUUUGAUAAAAAUCAUGAUGGUACAAUUGAUUUUCAUGAAUUUUUAUUAGCUAUUGCAACAGGUUCACCAGCAGAUUUAGAUAGUCAUCUAAAUUAUGUUUUUGAAAUGUGUGAUGUUUCUGGAGAUGGAGAAAUGGAUCUACAAGAAUUAGCUGCUUUUCUUAAAGCUUCAUUAACUAUUGCAGGUAAACUAAAAAAAACCGACCAUAAUUAUCCAGACGAACUUGCUAUUGGAGUAUUUAAUACGCUUGGUAUUAGUGAAGGAAAAAAAUUAAAUAAAGAACAAUUUAUUAAAGGAUGCAAAAGAGACUCAAGUCUUCGUGAACUGUUCGGUGGUGGACAUUGA